CUUCAGUUGUGGAGGGUCAAAAGGGUAUUAUUCCUCGAGCCAUUCAAGAAAUAUUUCAAAACAUCAGUGAAAAUCCUAGCAUUGACUUUAGUAUUAAAGUGUCUUAUAUAGAAGUAUACAAGGAAGAUCUAAGAGAUCUUUUAGAAUUGGAGACAUCCAUGAAGGAUCUUCAUAUUCGAGAAGAUGAAAAAGGAAACACAGUGAUUGUUGGAGCCAAGGAAUGCCAUGUGGAGAAUGCAGAUGAAGUGAUGAGCCUUCUGGAGAUGGGGAAUGCAGCGAGACAUACAGGUACCACCCAAAUGAAUGAGCACUCCAGUAGAUCACAUGCAAUUUUUACAAUCAGCAUUCGCCAAGUUAAGAAAAAUAUGGAGGCAGCUAAAGAUGCAUCAUGGUAUUCCCAUUGCCAUAUCGUCUCAAAGUUCCACUUCGUGGAUUUGGCUGGAUUAAAAAGAGUAACCAAAACAGGGAAUACUGGUGAACGGUUCAAAGAGUCCAUUCAAAUCAACAGUGGGUUGCUAGCUUUAGGAAAUGUUAUAAGUGCUCUUGGGGACCGACGCAGGAAGAGUUCACAUAUUCCGUACAGGGAUGCUAAAAUCACCCGGCUUCUGAAAGAUUCCCUGGGAGGCAGUGCCAAGACUGUCAUGAUCACAUGUGUCAGCCCAUCUUCCUCAGAUUUUGAUGAGUCCUUAAAUGCUCUCAAAUAUGCCAGCAGAGCACGGAACAUUAGAAACAAACCUACCGUAAACUUCAGCCCCGAGUCAGACCGUAUGGACGAAAUGGAAUUUGAGAUUAAGUUGCUUCGAAAAGCUUUACAAAGCCAGCAGACUAGUAUCAGCCAAACUAGCGAGAUCCAUCGAGAGGGGACUCCUGAUAAAAAUAGGAUCCAUUCUCUUGAGGAGCGAGUAGCUGAGCUACAAGAAGAAUGUCUGGGUUACCAAAAUUGUAUAGAAGAAGUCUUUAACUUCCUGGUUGACUUAAAAGGUGCUGUCAGACUAAACCAAAAUCAGCAACACAAACUGCAGGAGUGGCUUAAGAUGACCCGGGAGGUCGGGAAGCCUGUCCUUACCUCUUUCCGAGAAAACCAAGAAACCGGAAACCUGGAAGAAGGAGAACAGCGUAUUAGACUUCUCCAGCUCAGGAGGGAGCUUAAGAAAUGCCAGUGCGCUCUUGCUGCUGAUGAAGUCGUAUUUAAUCAGAAAGAACUGGAGGUGAAGGACCUGAAGAAUCAAGUGCAAAUGAUGGUACAGGAAAAUGAAGGCCAUGUUGUAUCUUUGCAAGAAGUACAAAAAGUGAAUAGAUUGCAGUGUUUGGAUAANGAAAAAAUAAUAGAACAACAACUUCUUUUGGAUCAGCUGAGUGAAGAACUAACAAAACUUAACCUGUCAAUGACUUCUUCAGCUAAGGAAAAUUGUGGAGAUGGGCCAGAUAGCAGGAUCCCUGAAAAAAGACCAUAUACUCUACCAUUUGAUACUGUUUUGGGACAUUAUAUUUAUAUCCCGUCGAGACAAGAUUCCAGGAAGGUGUACACGAGUCCUCCUGUGUGCUCUCCGGAUGCAAUACUCGCUGGCUUUCGAACGCGGAGCCAGGUGCAAGAGCAAGAUCAAAUCCUUCACCACCAGUUUUCUGAUGACAGUGAAGAUAAGGAAUCAAAAGGCCGAGAGAAGUCUGUAAUUAGAUGUGGAAGUUACUUACGGAAAAAGCCAGACUCUGUUUGUUCUUCGGUCAGAUUUAAUGAUACUCAGGAUGAAACACAAAAGUCAAGGCUGCGGAAUGAAG